GGUUGAGCUUUGAAUGAGGGGCCAUCAUCCCGGCGGCUCGGAGGUGGAAAAUACAGUUUAAAGUCUCUCUGGAUGCAUUUUAAAUGAACAAGCAGGCUUUUCUGACAGGUACCUGAGUGGCCGUUCAGCGUCUUUUCAUCUCCUCGUUGGGUGUCUUUGGAUGAACUCCUCUCCACUCCCUACGUUGUGUGCUUUCCAUCUGCCCAAAACUCCUCUAGACUAAUGCCUUAGUUUUGACUAGACAGUAAUUUAAAAAACGCAUUCAUAUAUUCUGUGUAUACAUAGUCUUUUAAAAUCUCCAGCAAGAAUUCAGACAACAACCCAUCACCCGUAUCACCCUCCUUCCCCUCUCCCUUUUUCUCUUUACGUCAGAUUAAGAGGGGCAUCAAAACACACUUAGGACACGCACAAUCACACACAUACAUACGCAGGCCACCAUGUCCUCCAUCCUUCCCUUCACUCCCCCGGUAGUGAAACGCCUCCUGGGGUGGAAGAAGACUCCAGCAGGGAGUGGAGGAGCAGGAGGAGGAAUUGGAGGAGUAGGGGAGCAGAAUGGAGGAGGGCAGGAGGAGAAAUGGUGUGAAAAAGCUGUGAAGAGCUUGGUGAAGAAGGUGAAGAAGACUGGGCAGCUGGAUGAGCUAGAGAAAGCCAUCAGCACGCAGAACAGCAACACAAAGUGUGUCACAAUACCCAGUAAUUGCUCAGAUCUAUGGGGUCUAGGCUCAGGCCACACGAUAGAGCAGUGGGACUCUACAGGCAUGUACGGAUACCCUGACCACAGCAGGUCACUGGACGGGCGUCUUCAGGUGUCCCAUCGUAAGGGCCUGCCACACGUCAUCUACUGCCGCCUGUGGAGAUGGCCCGACCUUCACAGCCACCAUGAGCUGAGGGCCAUUGACGCCUGCCAGUAUGCCUUUAACCUCAAAAAGGAUGAAGUGUGUGUUAAUCCCUACCAUUACCAGAGAGUGGAGACGCCUGUGCUGCCUCCGGUGUUGGUGCCAUGCCACACAGAGAUUCUGACAGAGCUUCCACCUCUUGAUGACUUUACAAACUCCAUCCCUGAAAACACCAACUUCCCUGCUGGCAUAGAUCCUCCUAAUAACUAUAUACCAGAGACUCCUCCGCCUGGCUACAUCAGUGAAGAUGGAGAGACCAGCGACCAGCAGAUGAAUCAAAGUAUGGAAACAGGCUCACCAGCAGAAAUGUCACCAGGCACCCUGUCACCUGUCAGUCAUGGCCUGGACCUUCAGCCAGUUACCUACAGUGAACCAGCGUUCUGGUGCUCAAUAGCCUACUAUGAGCUAAACCAGCGGGUCGGAGAGACGUUCCACGCCUCACAGCCAUCUCUGACAGUCGAUGGCUUCACCGACCCCUCCAACUCUGAACGCUUCUGUCUAGGGCUUCUCAGCAAUGUUAACAGGAACGCAACUGUUGAAAUGACAAGGAGACAUAUAGGUCGUGGUGUGAGGUUGUAUUACAUCGGAGGGGAGGUGUUCGCCGAGUGCCUCAGCGACAGUGCCAUUUUUGUCCAGAGUCCCAACUGCAAUCAGCGAUACGGCUGGCACCCUGCCACAGUUUGCAAGAUACCACCAGGCUGCAAUCUGAAGAUAUUUAACAACCAGGAGUUUGCUGCACUGCUAGCCCAGUCGGUCAAUCAGGGGUUUGAGGCAGUUUACCAACUUACCAGGAUGUGCACCAUCAGGAUGAGCUUCGUCAAGGGCUGGGGAGCAGAGUACAGACGUCAGACAGUAACCAGCACUCCCUGUUGGAUUGAGCUGCAUCUCAACGGCCCCCUCCAGUGGUUGGAUAAGGUGCUGACCCAGAUGGGUUCACCAUCAGUGCGCUGCUCCAGUAUGUCCUAAACAGGGUCCGGCUGCUGCCUACGCAAAGUCAAACUAACAUUUCACAACAUUUGACCAGUAUGUCCGAAAGGAGACCACCGUGCAGUCUUAAGUUGAUGUACUAACAACGUUAUGAAAACGAAACACAGAAAAAAAGGAUUACACAAUGGACCUGGAGGAUGGGAGAAAGACAUCACUGAUGGACAAUAGUGGAAUGUUAACACUGAUGUCACAGUGGGCCUGAUCACCUUUGGCUCUGUUGGAUUAACGUUGACAUUCCAGUAAUCAUGGACCUAUUGAAAUCACCCUGCAAUAUCAAAAUGUCAAGAUGUCAUAAUGGACCAGACUACAUUCAUGUUUUUGGUAUUUGACUGAGGCUGUGAUCCAGAAACACAAAGCGGGACAGAGCUUUACUGUCCUGUUCAAUGACACCAGAACGGAUGUUUCUGGGAUUAAGCAUGUGAACUUCUAGUUACAGGACAGUCUCUCCGACCACUAGCCCACCUUGCCGCUUCACUACCUACCUACCACAGCACAACUUUAAUUCAGAGUCAAGAUUUCCAUACACACAAGGUUGACCAACAAUAGUACUGCCACUUCGGGCUCAUGUUCAACCAAAGUCAGCUUCAUGCCUGGAUGUGAUUUUUUUUUUUUUUCUUCUUUUUUUUUUCCUUGGUUUUGGUGACCAAACUUCCAUUCCAUUUUUAUUUGAGAUUUCCAUUUUUCCUGCUUUCCUCCUAAUCAGUCCUGUGUUGUCGUGAUCACAGACCUGACUACGCUGGACUGACGGUCCUUCAGCUCUUAAAAGAGGUGACCACUGGAAGAACAAGUUGAUGUAUACCCUGUCUUCACAUGUUCACAUGCGCACACACAUACUGUAACACAGACAAACCUUUGCAGUUCACACACCACUUAACUUGCUAUUUUAACACCUUUUGCUUUCCAAAGUGUUUAAUGUCGAUUGGUCCCAUUCAACCACGAGUGUGCAGUGGGGCAGAUGUUUGAGUGUGGAUCAGAGUUGAAACAAAUAAAUAGGCCUAUGUCUUUUGUUCUUCUGUGAGGAGUUUUUAUUUUAGGUGGGGUCAGUGGCUAACCAGCACAGAUAACUGGAAUAAGUAAGCUAAGGAAUUCUCAGCACAAGAUCGUAGGACAUGUCACUCCACUGGAACUUCACACAAUCCAUGAACUUGUUUUCAGACCAUAAUAAAGGCGUAAGGAGGCCUCCAGUUAACAGUUUGCCUCUCUCUCUCUCUUACAUUCUCUUCAUUAACUUCUUACAGUUAUAUCAUCUUGCUUAUAAAGACGAGAUAAAUGCAGUUCAAGUCAAAGCCUCAAUGUUGCCCCCUGCUGUCUAACAGACAAAAAGAUAAACACCCAUCACUUAAUGUUUCACUGAUGUAGACAUUGCGCAAGUCUCUUGAUUGUAUGCUUGGACUGAUGCACGGUUUCCCCAUUAUUGACAUUUUAUUAACAGGAAGAUGAAGAUAGGAGUCCUGCAGUGUGGGACUUUAAAAAAUAGCUUCUAUACUGUACUUGCACUGCCUCAAAUUAUGCGCCCUUGAUAUUGCUACAAGAAAGUUGCCUUUGAUGUAAAAUACAGCAAGAUAUGCUUUGAAAUGUAUAGCUAGGAAUGCUGAAAAGCCCAAUUGAAGUCCAGACAAUUACAAAAAAUUUAAUAAAUGUUUACUGUAAAGAUGUUUUUCCUUAUAUUGUCUGAAUUGGCUUAUUCAAGAGCUUCCAUUUGAUUUUAAGGAGAUUUUUUUGCCCUGAUCUUAAAAACCAGCUGGUACCUACAUCGGUAUUUCAGAGUCCACAUCUUUUCAACUCAAAGUGUUUAAGCUUUAAGUAUUUGACAAGCUAGUUAUACUACACAGUUAAUAUUUUCUUUACACAUUCUUUUAGCUACAUUUUUGUAUUUUCAUGUAUUUUUUAUAUAUGAAUAUAUUUAAAAUCUUCAAAGCUUUCUUCCUUUUUAUUAGAAGUCAAUAUUUUUUUAGAAUAUGCCCUGUUUGAAAUGAUCACAGCUUGAUGAUGAUUUAUGAAGUAUGUAGCGUAGGAUAUAACAUUCUCACUGAAUUUACCACUGAACACUGACUGAGAGGCCAAGUCACCAUAAUUACCAACCUCUUUUCUUCAAACCCUGAUUUGGCUGCUAAAAUCAGCUGUUAUAACCAUGUAAAAAGGUAGCUUCUUGCCUUACUGUUACUAAUUCUUCAGCUCUUUGGGUGUGACCCAAAUUAUGAUUGUGCUGUCCCAAAGACUGAAUACAUGUAUUUACAGUAUAUCCUGUACACUUCAGAUCCACUGUGUCAUUAACCUAAUUGCUGAUGAAAAUCUAUUAGCUCAAUUUUUCCGGUAUUGGAUUUUAUUGGCUAAAUUGUAAUAUUUAAACUUGCCAAAGUCCUUUUGGGAUUUGGUUAGUUACAAAUCAAGGUAACUGUUUCGAAACAUGUUUACUUUCAGUAUACCAUGGUCAUUAGAAAAUUAAGCUGUUUAAAAAACUAAAAUUCUGACUUUUGAGAUAUUAGGAUUUAAUCCAGCAGCUGGGCAAUACAGUAUUAUUUUUCAGUAUCAAGGCAGUUAGUAUUAAUUUUUAAAAGCUCUGACUUUUAAAGGUGAAUUUGUUGAAUUCUGUCUUACUUUAGCAAUACAGGACAUUCCAGUACACAGCGUAAAAGCUGCUGCCAAUUUCAGCUCUGCAGAUGUUUAAUUCUCAGGACUUCUUAUGUAUGGUUGUACACUGUUUAAUUUGCAGUGAGUGUGUUUACAUGCACACAUGAUAUUAUGAUAUUAUAUAUCCCAGUCAAGGUCUCUUUACUUUCACAAAAGUCACCACAAAGCAGAAUGUUACCACGAAAAAUUGGGUUGUAGGUGGGACAUGUAAAAAAAAAAAAAAAAAAAAUUGAACUUGGUGUAUGCUUGCCUCACUAUCUUGGCUCAUACUGUCACAUUCCAGAUAGCUUGUUUGACUUCCUCCAAACUGUGACAAAAACCUGACAGUGGUCUUAACUUGGUGCGCAGUAAUGCUGGUGUGCAUGUAAACCAUUUCAUAUGUUCUAUUUGAUUACUCACUACUGCAUCAUGUGGGGGAAAUGUACAUUUAAAAAUGCGUUUAAUGAAGGUUUAGUUUAUGGCUGAGACAAGAAGUCCAGAAAUCCUGAUGUUUAAUUAUACAUACAUAUUGGCAGCAUCCUGCAGAAACUUUAUAAUUCAAGAUUUGCAUUUGAUAUACAUUUGAUAGAUGACAUCCUCUCCUGUGCAGGGUGAUGUACAUCAGCACUUGGACCAAACCAAAAGAUUGACGCUUUUAAAAAAUCUCAACAGCAAAUGAUGGUCCUGCAGGAUGACCUGUUUUUAUGUUUGUUGACAACGGCAAAUCAUGAACUAUAUAUAUAUAUAUAUAUAUAUAUAUAUAUAUAUUUUUUUUUUUUUUUUAAGGAGAACCUUUUUCUUCAUUCAUUGAGCAUUUGCCUGGGUAAAAGUUUAUAGUACUUUUAACCAGACUGAAACCAGCCAAAUGCAGUGAUGUUUGUCUCUCUGUAUCUGUAUCUAUCUGUCCACCUGUUUGUUCUGUCUUUUUGCUGGUCUGUCAUUUUUUUUAUUUAUUUUUUUAUUCAUUUAUUAGGGAAAACAUUUACUGGACUUUGCCAAGGUCAGUACACAUGCUAAAAUGAAAAUAUAGUAGAUUGUUAUAUCAUUGCAAACCCACAUGUUUGUUCUAUGCAGUGACAUCAAAUUGUUUGGACUGUAUACUGAAAAAAUAUUUCCCCAUUAAGAAAUAUACAUACUGUAUUUUCUGAUGGCUAGAUAUGCUGUUUUAUGCAUAUUGCCAGGGUCCAACAAAAGCCUUUGUAUCUACUUUUUCCUUUUCAAUGAGUGCCACCCAGCAUUGUACCCCAAAACCAACCAGCUUUUCUCACUUCCUCAUCUGUUUUGGAGAUGGAAGAUGAGACCAAAUGAGGUUUCAUGUAGGCUACAUCUACACAUUUUGAGGGUCCAUAUUCCUAUUCACAGAUAACGGAAUGUUUUGUUUUUUUCUUUCUUAUUGUGAUGACAAUUGUGUAUCCCCAUAUGAGCCUCUUUCUGAUGAAUUCCCAAGAAGGUGGCUGUUUGGAAAAAGUGAAGUUUCUACAUGUCACUAGUGAUGUUAUUGUAUAGUUGUACUUUUAUUUUUACCAUAACCUGCUGUUCCUUUUUCUUGCUAUCAACAGAGCAUAUUUCAUUAGACAAGAUGCUGUUAGGAUUUCCAUCUUCUUCAAACACUGAUGAUGACCUUCAUAGGCUUUCCAACUAUUCUACAUAUACAGACAACUUCUUACAGUGUACACUAAUAAAGCUGUUUAAAUUCAA